UCGAGGAGAACACACGCGCGUGUCAGUGUUUUGCAAAGGCGUCUCUCAAAAUGGCUUCCAAGCAAAUGUUUGCUCCCGCUGGGUGUAGCGCUUGCAGUGUUGAAGAUGCAAAUUUCCAAUGUUUUACGUGUGGAACAUAUUACUGCGGUGUAUCGUGCCAGAUGAGUCACUGGCCGUUGCACAAAGAUUUGUGCAUUCCUCGCUUGGUUAUGGCAACACCGCUGCGGGAAAACUCGUCACUGCUAACUCAAAAUGCACUUUCGACAAAUGCGAAGACAUUGAGUGCGGCGCCGAAUCUAGUAAAAAUCCCUAAACCCUUAACUAGCGGUGUGGCAAUGACGAAAAUGUUACCGGAUCUACAGACACGAAACGAUAAUAACGUACCCGUUACCAAUGGCGUGGCAGCGAAGAAAACGGCGCUGGAUAUGGAAACAGUAAAAGAUAAUUUUCCGGCAGGGGCUGUCUCCAAUCGUGAAAAACCGGCGAUAAAUGCCAAUAAAGCCCCAUUGCAAGCGCCGAAACCAAGCCAGCCAGCAGAAGCAGUCGCUAAUAACGAAAACCCAGCACCAAAACCAUUGAAAACCCCUUUGCAAGUGCUGAAUGCGCUUCAAUCAGGGGAAAUAUCUGUUGUGAAAGGAAAAAUCGUUUCCAAAAGCGAACCGCCACGCACUCCAAAACCACUGGAGCGUGGUCCUUUCCCUGCGCCAGGAAGACACGUUAAGAUUUCGUACGUUGGAAAGGAUAUGCUCUACAUUUACGAUUCCGGUUUGGGCCCGAAUGGCGAACCUAACAGUUUUGAAAUGCUGAUCUCACGUUCACUAGACUGCGCUUUGCACGUCAUGGAUUGUCUUUCUGCGCCUCCAGUCAUAGAAGAAAUAGUGUUCGCACCAUUCGAAGACGACUAUUACCGAUCGGUGAUAAAGUCCGUACAAAAUGGCAUUGCUGAAGUGUUCUUCCCUGAUUUUGGGAACUCAAUGAAGAUCGAGUGGAAGAAGCUGAAAGAAAUUCCGGACGAAAAGCUCAAGUAUGCUCAAGUAGUGACACAUCCGGUUUGGAUCGACAACGUAAAGUCGUUUACGCCGCGCGUAAAUGAAUAUCUCGAGACGAUAGUCGAUCUACACGAGUUUGUGCUGACCACGGUGAUCGACAUGCCGAGAACGCACAUCAGGAUGGUGGACAUGCGCCAUUCGAUUCAGCAAUACGUACUGAGCGAGAAGCUUUUGGCGUUGCAACAACCAGAGAGUUCGUUAAAUUUGAAGACAAAAUUAGUCGCGCAGCUACGACAGCCGAACAGCGCGCUCAAGCUGGUAGCCACCAACCCUAACACUUACAAGCCUGUCAACUAUUCUGAGAUGAUUGAUACCAAUAUUUCCGUAAGUAAAGGAGUCGAAUUGGUAGUAUCGUAUGCUUUGCAUGCGUUCAACGAGAAUAAGAUCUCAGUGAUCAACAAAUCAAAUCAAGCUGCGUACGAAAAAACAACGAAGGAUUGUCAGACGUACGGACAGAUCGACCCAAAUCCAUACAAUCCACAGAAGCAAGAGGUUUGUCUUGUUAAAGUGAAGGACAUCUGGCAUCGUGCGGCACCAGUUAAUUUCAAGUACGGCAAACCGGUGCAGUUCUAUUUGCUAGACUUGCCCGCUUUCACGGACGAGAUAAAAGAUGCACCAGUUCGUCGAUAUCCUCCCGGUUUGACACGACAUCUGUUUGCAGUCGAAAGCAUUGUGGAAAAUCCGGAGUUUCUGCUGCAGGCCAUACACGGAGAUGAGAACAAAGUAGAGCAGUUGCCAGGAGUGACUAUUAGAGCCAAUGUCUAUCAAACAAUUGAUGAUGACAUUAUCCACCUCAAUGUGGUGUCUUACGAAAAGGGAAGUUUGUAUGCUUUAUGAUGAGCAUAUGUAUUAUUUCCCUCCAACUGUAGUGAAUGUCUGUGUAUUUCAUUAAUCUUUUUGACUAUUAUUCGUGAAUUAUUUUGAUAACGAAACGAACGGAAACGUAUGAGUGAUAUACGGCCAUAAUUUAGAAUUUAUCGAAAAGGUUAGCGAUCCUAAAAUCGCCAAUAUUUAGAACAAAGAUACUAAAGAACGUGAAUUUGGUAAGCUCAUGAGGAAAAACGAAAGUUUGCGCUAGGUUCAGGGUAUGGUUCAAUUAGGAAUUUUCUUUAUUAUAAUAUGUAAUUAAAUUACAUUUCACUUUAUAUGAAGUCGACGAACUGCUAAAAACCAAAAUUACAUUAUCAUCUCUACACCAUCUCCAUCGACUACCAUCUCUACAACAAUUCGUAUGAAUAUACUAGUGCCUGUUAUGCAUAGUAUGCAAACGAGAUAACCGUCUCACUCUACUGAACUAUUAAGAAAGAGGUAUAGAGGUUCAUUAAUAACGGAAAUCAGAUGAAUGGUGUAUUAUUUUUGUGAUUGGUAGUAAAAAUUAACUGAUGAAACUUA